UUCUCCUACUAUGGCAUGCGAGCCGUACUGGUGCUGUACUUUAAGUACUUCCUGCGCUGGGAUGAUGACUUGGCUACCUCCAUCUAUCACACAUUUGUGGCUCUUUGCUACUUGACCCCGAUCCUCGGGGCGAUUGUGGCCGACUCCUGGCUGGGAAAGUUUAAGACCAUCAUCUACUUGUCCAUCGUGUACGCAGUCGGUCAGGUCGCCAUGGCUGUGAGCGCCAUCCACGAUAUCACCGACGCAGACAGAGACGGGACGCCGGACAACAUGACCUUUCACGUGGCCAUGUCCAUGACCGGCCUCUUUCUCAUCGCUCUGGGGACCGGUGGCAUCAAGCCCUGCGUAUCUGCCUUUGGCGGAGACCAGUUCAGUGAUCACCAGGAAAGACAGAGGAGCACCUUCUUCUCUGUGUUCUACCUCUGCAUCAACGGUGGAAGUCUUCUGUCUACCAUCAUCACCCCACUCCUCAGAGCUCAGGAUUGUGGAAUCUACACCCAGCAGAAGUGCUAUGCUCUGGCCUUCGGCGUGCCUGCUGCACUGAUGGUGGUUUCACUCGUGGUGUUUAUUGUUGGGAGUGGUAUGUACUACAAGGCUAAGCCCCAAGGAAACAUCAUGCUGGACGUGUGUAAAUGCAUCGGGUUUUCCAUUAAAAACCGCUACAGGCACCGAGGCAAACAGUUCCCAAAGAGGGCGCACUGGCUGGACUGGGCAGAGGAGAAAUAUGAUAAACUUCUUAUUGCUCAAAUCAAGAUGGUGCUGAAGGUCUUGUUCUUAUACAUCCCUCUGCCGAUGUUCUGGACGCUGUUCGACCAGAAGGGCUCAAGAUGGACUCUGCAAGCCACCAAUAUGGAUGGAAAUUUUGGUCUGCUGAUUAUCCAGCCUGAUCAGAUGCAAACUGUCAACCCAAUCCUGAUCCUGACUCUGGUUCCUAUCAUGGACAGUGUGAUUUAUCCUCUUAUCAGGAAGUGCGGCCUGAACUUUACCCCUCUGAAGAGGAUGACGGUGGGCAUGUUACUGGCCGCUUCAGCUUUCGUCAGCGCCGCCUUGGUGCAGGUUGAAAUUGAUAAAACAUUACCUGUAUUCCCAUCGUCCUCUCAAAGUCAGCUUAAACUGCUCAACAUGGGCAACAAUCCAGUCACGCUUAGUUUGCCGAAUAAUGAUCUGCUCAAUCUUGCUGCGGCUCAAGCCAGUGAUGAAUAUUUCACAUUUGAGACUGAGGAAGUCACAGUUUCAGUCGCCAGUUCUGCUCUGACCACAACUAUUCUGUUGACCAAAGGAGAGCGACAAACACUUCUUAUUCCUGCAGUGAUCAACAGCGAGUGGCUGCUGACGACGGAUUUGACAGCCAAACCAGAGCAGGGAAACAAUGCCAUCCGAUUCAUAAAUGGACUGAGCACCGAAGUGAGGGUGUCUUCUUCUCUGGUUGACUUUGGCAUAAUUAAACCAUCUGGUUAUUCCAACUACUCCCUAGUAGAAAAUGGAAAGAUUACGUUCAACUUGAGCAGUGGUGGACGGUCAUGCGACUACAGCAGGGAAUUCGGAUAUGGAAGCUCAUUUACAUUCUUCAUACCAAACAAUUUAGUCAUUGGACCAACAACUUGCCAGGAGUCUAUUACUGUGAUUGAAGACAUAAAACCCAACUCAGUGCACAUGGCGCUUCAGAUCCCGCAGUACUUCCUCAUAACUGCUGGCGAAGUGAUGUUUUCCGUGACUGGCUUGGAGUUCUCUUACUCACAGGCACCAAGUAACAUGAAAGCAGUGCUGCAGGCGGGCUGGCUGUUGACUGUGGCCGUCGGCAACUUUAUUGUCCUAAUUGUGGCUGAACUCGCCAAGCUUCCCAUGCAGUGGGCAGAGUACGUCCUCUUCGCCUCUCUCUUGGUGGCAGUGUGCAUCAUCUUCUCCAUCAUGGCGUAUUUCUACACCUACAUUGACCCGAGAGAGAUUGAAGCUCAGUUCAAGAAGUCGACGGAUGACGACAGUGAUGAUGAGAGCAGGCAAUACAAAAAAGGACUUGAAAUGGCCAGCAAAAAUUAUAAAUCUGAUUAUGGUGAUCACAAAGAUGGAAGAGAAACCAAAAUGUAAAUAGUCUAAAGUUUUUCAUCAACUCCAAAUAGUGUAGUCUAGUGUGUGUGUGUGUGUGUGUGUGUGUGUGUGUGUGUGAGACUCUCAUAAGUUAAUUAUCUUAUCCAAGGAUCGCCG